CCUGCCGACGUCGCCGCGGGGAGCUCACCUGGGAGACCCGCCGAGGAAGCGCAGCCUCGCCUCGGCCUCUCCCGGCAGCGCGGGCGGCCCAGCGGGAAGGCGGCGGCGGCGGCGGCGGCGGAGCGGGACGAGCGGCGGCCGUAGGACAGCAACCCCCCGGGGGCGCGGCCGCCCACCUGCACCUGGCGCCCUGCCCGCCCCGCGCCCCGAGCCCCGCGCCCGCGCCCCGCCGGCCGCUGCCUCCCGCCGGCCGAGCGCUGCCGCCAGGUAUUGCCAUUUAAUGAAAUCUUCUUGCCAGCAAAUCUAUGAUAAAAAAAUAUAAGUAACGAGGAAACUAUAACUGUUAUUUGUCAAGUGGCAAGCUUUUAAUGCCAGAAUGACUCACAUAAAGCGACUAGUAAAAUUACAUCUUAAAAGACAUUAUCAUAAAAAGUUCUGGAAGCUUGGUACAGUAAUUUUUUUCUUUAUAAUAUUUUUGAUUUUAAUGCAAAGAGAAGUUAGUAUUCAAUAUUCCAAAGAGGAAUCAAAGAUGGAAAGAAAUAUAAACAAAAACAAGAUGUUUGAUUUCAUGCUAGAAGCUGUAAACAAUAUUAAAGAUGCAAUGCCAAAAAUGCAAAUAGGAGCACCUGUCAGGCAAAACAUUGAUGCUGGUGAGAGACCCUGUUUGCAAGGAUACUAUACAGCAGCAGAAUUGAAACCGGUUCUUGACCGCCCACCUCAGGAUUCUAAUGCACCUGGUGCUUCUGGUAAAGCAUUCAAGACAACCAAUUUAAGUGUUGAAGAGCAGAAGGAAAAAGAACGUGGAGAAACAAAACACUGUUUUAAUGCUUUUGCAAGUGACAGGAUUUCUUUACACCGAGAUCUUGGACCAGACACUCGACCUCCUGAAUGUAUUGAACAAAAAUUUAAGCGCUGUCCUCCCCUGCCUACCACCAGUGUCAUAAUAGUUUUUCACAAUGAAGCCUGGUCCACGCUGCUCAGAACUGUCCACAGUGUGCUUUAUUCUUCUCCUGCCAUACUGCUGAAGGAAAUCAUUUUGGUGGAUGAUGCUAGUGUAGAUGAGUACUUACAUGAUAAAUUAGAAGAAUAUAUAAAACAAUUUUCUAUAGUAAAAAUAGUCAGACAAAAAGAGAGAAAAGGUCUGAUCACUGCAAGGCUGCUAGGAGCAACAGUUGCAACAGCUGAAACACUCACAUUUUUAGAUGCUCACUGUGAGUGUUUCUACGGCUGGUUGGAACCUUUGUUGGCCAGAAUAGCCGAGAACUACACGGCUGUAGUGAGUCCGGAUAUUGCAUCCAUAGAUCUAAACACAUUUGAAUUCAACAAACCUUCUCCUUAUGGAAGUAAUCACAACCGUGGAAACUUUGACUGGAGUCUUUCAUUUGGCUGGGAAUCGCUUCCUGAUCAUGAGAGGCAAAGAAGGAAAGAUGAAACCUACCCAAUUAAAACACCCACUUUUGCAGGCGGCCUUUUUUCCAUAUCAAAAGAAUAUUUUGAAUAUAUUGGAACUUACGAUGAAGAAAUGGAAAUCUGGGGAGGUGAAAAUAUAGAAAUGUCUUUCAGAGUAUGGCAAUGUGGUGGGCAGUUGGAGAUUAUGCCUUGCUCUGUUGUUGGACAUGUUUUUCGCAGCAAAAGCCCUCAUACCUUUCCAAAAGGCACUCAGGUGAUUGCUCGCAACCAAGUUCGCCUUGCAGAAGUCUGGAUGGAUGAAUACAAGGAAAUAUUUUAUAGGAGAAACACAGAUGCAGCAAAAAUUGUUAAACAAAAAUCAUUUGGUGAUCUUUCAAAAAGAUUUGAAAUAAAGCACCGCCUUCAAUGUAAAAAUUUUACAUGGUAUCUGAAUACUAUUUAUCCAGAAGCAUAUGUGCCAGACCUUAAUCCUGUUAUAUCUGGAUAUAUAAAAAGCAUUGGUCAGCCUCUGUGUCUGGAUGUUGGAGAAAAUAAUCAAGGAGGCAAACCAUUAAUUUUGUACACGUGUCAUGGACUCGGGGGAAACCAGUAUUUUGAAUACUCGGCUCAACAUGAAAUUCGGCAUAACAUCCAGAAGGAAUUGUGUCUUCAUGCUGCUCAAGGUCUUGUUCAGCUGAGAGCAUGUACCUACAAAGGUCACAGGACAGUGGCCAGUGGAGAGCAGAUAUGGGAGAUCCAGAAGGAUCAACUUCUAUAUAAUCCAUUCUUAAAAAUGUGCCUUUCAGCAAAUGGAGAGCAUCCGAGCUUAGUGUCAUGCAAUCCAUCAGAUUCACUCCAAAAAUGGAUUUUUAGCCAAAAUGAUUAAGUGUUCCUUAAAAUUAAGGAGUUGAAAAAGGAGAUAUUCUUUCUCAUAAAACUGUGACUAGGCAUACACUGUAGUUUUUGAAAAUUAUGCAAAAGCAGCUAAUUGUAACUUAUUCCAAGUGCAUUUUUCUUAUUUAUAUCUUAAAAUAUCUAUGUAGCACUGCUACAGAAAUCUUUUUAAGUUUCCGUUUCAAAGCACAAUGACUAAUAAUACCAAAGACUAUUUUGAAAUGUCCAGAUGUAGGGAAAGAGAUGUUUACAGUAUGAUGAAAAUAAUUUUCUAAGUAAAGUGAUAUGUGUGUGUUUUGUACCUUAAAGAUAUGCAUAGCUACAUUCGCACACUCACAAUUUAAAAUAUUUCUUCUAGCUUUUUGGGGGGAGGGAGAAAGAUUUGAUAUUGUAUUUUUUUAACUACAUAGAAAUGGAUCAAUGAAGGUCAAGCAUUGGCCUUUGUGUACAAACCAGGAAACUUUUAUAGAUCUAGAAUUUAUUAUAUAAAAAAAUGCAGGUAAACUUAUUUGCCUUUUGUUUACUUAUCUGUCAUAGGAUUCCUUAAACAUAAAAUUAAAUGAAUAAGGAGAAUAUUUUUAACACUUCAAUAUCUUGGCAAAUUUUAAAAUAUUUUUUAGUCUGAAGCCCACUUGACUUGAAGCACUUAAAUCUUCCUUAAAAGACAUUUCUUAAAUAACUAUACUGUGUGUUUUCCCAAAGCAAUUAAAAAAAAAAAAAAAACAGGUGUCUUUUCUUUCUGCUGGUCUUUUUUUCUUACCAGAAUUCACUAAUCUUGAAUGUUUGUGAGAUUGAAUUUCAAAUGCAGAAUACUUGACUCAUUUAAGACCUAAAAUUUUAUUUCUUACUGAUUCAAUCUAGAUUGUCUUUGUAAAGAAUUUUUUUUCAUCAAAAAAGCCUUCUAUGUGGAAAACACAAUAAAAUGAAUCCUUA